AUGUUAACGUGUUAUUUUAUAUUUUUAUUUAAGUUAACACAACAACAGGAUUUAUGUAUUGGUUCUGUUAAUGCUAAUCGUUAUCAUCACGAAACACAGUCAAUGAUCGGUAAUUUUGUUAAUACUUUACCUUAUCGUUUUCAGCUCGAACCAACAGAAACAUUUCAACAAAUAGCUGAGAAAGUGAAACAACGAUGUUUAGAAAUAAUGAACUACGCUCAUGUACCAUAUCAGCAAAUUAUCAAUUAUUCUGAACGGAAAGAAUCAUUGUUACCAUUUAUACAAACAACACUUCAACUUCUACCAAUAGCAAGAAAAACUAAAUUGUAUUUAAAUAAUAAUAAAACAACAUUUGAAAAAUUAAGCGAUAUAUAUAAUAAUCAAAACAAUAUUGGUCUGUCACAAUUUGAUUUAUCAUUAGUCAUAAAACAUGACAUAGUUACAAAAAAAAAGAUACAGGUUGAAUUUGAAUAUUCUAUCGAUUUAUUUCAACGUGAAAGAAUUAUUGAUAUGUCACAACGAUUUCAUUUAAUGCUUAAACAGUUAUUUAGUACAACGUCGUCGUCAUUUGAUAAACAAAAACAACCUGUUUAUGAAUUAUCGAUUCUACUACCACAUGAACAAGAACUAAUCAAGCAUUUAAAUCCACCAUUAAAAUCGCUCAACAAUAAUACCAAAUCUUUGAAUAACUGCUCGCUCAUGUUUGUUCGCCGUGAUGAAAGAAUCAGACCAGCAUGUGAAAAUACUCUUUCCACUGGUGCAGAUGAAGCUUGA